CGCAUCGCAUCGCGACAGCUUCGCCUGGUGUCUUUGUUGGGGGAAAAGCCUGUCCACCGCAACGUAGCACCUGCCCUCGAUAGCUCUGCAAGCUCUGCUGCGAGACCUACCCCGCACUCCGCCGCUGUCUUGAGCGCAUCCUUCGGCUCUGCCCCUCCAAACCGCUUCUACUCGCUUCUUUCGCACACAAUCACAACCUCACCAACACGCGCAGCCAUGGCCGACCAACCUGUGGUUUUGGAGGCCCACGAGGUCGAGACCUUCCAGCCUCCUGAGAAGAUGUUCGCAAACCUCGAGGAGUACCAGAAGCUCUACAAGGAGUCCAUCACCGAGCCCAACAAGUUCUGGGGCCGCACAGCCCGCGAGCUGCUGACCUGGACCCGCGACUUUGAGACCGUCUCUGCCGGCAGCCUCGCUGACGGCGACGUCAAGUGGUUCGUCGAGGGCCAGCUCAACGCCUGCUACAACGCCGUCGACCGCCAUGCUUACAAGGACCCCAACCGCGUCGCUAUCAUCUACGAGGCCGACGAGGUCAACGAUGGCCGCAACGUCACCUACGGCGAGCUUCUCCGCGACGUGUCCAAGGUCGCUUGGGUCCUCAAGCAGGCCGGCAUCAAGAAGGGUGACACCGUCGCCAUCUACAUGCCCAUGAUCCCCGAGGCCGUCGUCGCCAUCCUGGCCUGCGUCCGUAUCGGCGCCGUCCACUCCGUCGUCUUCGCCGGCUUCUCCGCCGAUGCCCUCCGGGACCGUGUCCUCGAUGCCAAGUCCAGGUUCGUCAUCACCUCCGACGAGGGCAAGCGAGGCGGCAAGUUCAUCGGCACCAAGAAGAUUGUCGAUGAUGCCCUGAAGCAGUGCCCCGACGUCAGCCACGUUCUCGUCUACCGCCGCACCGGCGCCGACAUCAACAUGGUCCCGGGCCGUGAUCUGUGGUGGCACGAAGAGGUCGAGAAGUGGCCCAGCUACAUUGCCCCUGAGCCCAUGAAUUCUGAGGACCCCCUUUUCCUCCUCUACACUUCUGGCUCGACCGGAAAGCCAAAGGGUGUCAUGCACACCACCGCCGGCUAUCUGCUUGGCGCCGCCCUGACCGGCAAGUACGUCUUCGAUAUCCACGAUGGCGACCGUUACUUCUGCGGUGGUGACGUCGGCUGGAUCACUGGCCACACAUACGUCGUCUACUCCCCCCUGCUUCUGGGUGUCUCCACAGUCGUUUUCGAGGGCACGCCCGCCUACCCCAACUUCUCCAGAUACUGGGACAUUAUCGAGAAGCACAACAUCACCCAGUUCUACGUCGCCCCCACUGCCCUGCGACUGCUGAAGCGAGCUGGUGAUGAGCACGUCCGCGGCAACUUCAAGUACCUGCGAACACUCGGUUCGGUCGGUGAGCCUAUUGCCGCCGAGGUCUGGAAGUGGUACUAUGAGGUCGUCGGCAAGGAGAGCGCUCACGUUGUCGAUACCUACUGGCAAACCGAGACCGGCUCCAACGUCAUCACCCCUCUUGCGGGCAUUACCCCCAUGAAGCCUGGCAGUGCUUCAUUGCCCUUCUUUGGCAUUGAGCCCGCCAUCAUUGACCCCGUCUCGGGUGAGGAGCUUCACGGCAACAAUGUCGAGGGCGUCCUUGCUUUCAAGCAGUCAUGGCCAAGCAUUGCCCGUACCGUCUACGGUAGCCACAAGCGAUACCUGGACACCUACCUGCAUGUGUACAAGGGCUACUACUUCACCGGUGAUGGUGCCGCCCGUGACCACGAGGGAUUCUACUGGAUCCGCGGCCGUGUUGACGAUGUCGUCAACGUCAGCGGUCACCGUCUGUCAACGGCCGAGAUUGAGGCUGCCCUGAUCGAGCACCACUCCGUUGCCGAGGCUGCCGUCGUUGGUGUCUCGGACGAGCUGACCGGCCAGGCCGUCAACGCCUUCGUUGCCCUCAAGGAUGGCAACGACGCCAGCGAUGCGCUGCGCAAGGAGCUCGUCCUGCAGGUCCGCAAGAGCAUCGGUCCCUUCGCCGCCCCCAAGGCUGUCUUUAUCAUCGGAGAUCUCCCCAAGACGCGAAGUGGCAAGAUUAUGCGCCGCAUUCUGAGAAAGGUGCUGGCUGGCGAGGAGGAUCAGCUGGGUGAUGUCUCAACGCUGUCGGAUCCGUCGGUCGUCGACAAGAUCAUUGCCACCGUCCACGAGACCAGGGGAAAAUAA